GGACAGGUAGCCCGAUCGACUCAUGGGAUGGUUAUAUUACUGGGCGGUAGAUGAAGUUGCGCACCCUCUUCACAAACACGUAGUUUGCAGAUCAGAUUCUAAUAGCCAAAUAUGGAGACGAAAAGAGCGCAGGAGAACAAGAGCAGUAGGGAAUUUUUGAAAUAAGAUAGUGUGUUAAUGCAUGGGGAAAGUGAGGUCGAGAGAGAGAGAGAAAUUAAGCUAUUUCCUUCUGCCCUUGAGCGCGUAGGACAAAACUGAUAUCGUAAAAAGUAGGGGAACAUGAAUAGACGCAGUGCCACUCCUGAAAAAGUCUUGAAAUAUAAUAUAUUUAGAAGUCAUAUAUUGCGCGUAUGGGAUGUAGUCGGUAUCAUCCUAACAACGCACUGCUUUCCUCAAAAGUAUCAAACAGAAGAGAAACAAACAGAAGGGGAGAGCAUCUCAUCUAAUCCUCUUACAGAAGGGAAUACAGUUAAAUACAGUGACGUUAAGCUUCUUUUUAACGACGAACCAAGGUGCGACGACAGGCUUCAGAAUGCUGACAACACUUUUGCGAAGGGAUGCACCCAUGGCAGAAUAUGAACAUGCCUACCUUCUCGGAGCAAUUUGCCAAAGAUGGAGCAUGUAAACCCAUCAUUUGAAUGACAUUAAACUCAACAAAAUCUCAUCAAGAGGGAGCUUCUGAGUGGACAGCGGGAAUAUUCUAAAUGGUAUAGGCUACUCAUGGACAUGCGACUGCUUUUAGUGUGACUUGCCUGGAGUGCCAAAGGUGUUUGAUCUGAGCAAGAUUUGCAUGUCAUCAAUAUCAAACACAACAGGCUCAUUUUAAAGUGCAACUAACUAUACUUUAAAGGAAUGCUUUCGUUGAUGUAAUUUCAACGUAGGACAACACAUAUUUCGAAACUGAAGUACAUGUAACUUAUUUGGGAAGGCAUAGGCCUAUAUUUGUAUAGACGUCCAGCAGCGUUAGGUUGUAUCCGACAAACGGCAGGUGUCUCAACAUGAAAACAAAACGGAUUCGAAGCUGAUCCUCUCUGUGUGUGGACCGACGGUGGCACAUCUUUCCUCCCUCCGGACACUCGGUCUUGGACCAUGGAUGUGGUCUCUACGAGUGCCAUGCUCUCACAGGUGGUCUUUCUUCUGCACUUUGUUACUUUGACACUUGGCCAGUAUGACAUAUGCAAGAGUCUGGUUAGUAUGGAUAAUGGACAAACAUGGGAGUUUUACGCAUGCCAACCCAAACCCACGGCUAUGAAGGAGUUCAUGCAAAUUACAGUGGAUCCCCCUGGCAUCUCUUGCGGCGAUCCCCCGGAGAGGUUCUGUACUCUGGAGAACCCGUACCUGUGUAGUGACGAAUGUGACGCCUCCAACCCGGACCUGGCUCACCCUCCCCAGCUGAUGCAGGACCGUGAGAGCAGCGGCCUCAUCACCUACUGGCAGACGGUGACGUGGAGCCGCUACCCAGAGCCCCUGCUGGCCAACAUCUCCCUGGCCUGGAACAAGAGCUUGGAGCUGACCGAUGACAUCCAGGUCACUUUUGAGUAUGGCCGCCCCACCAUCAUGGUGCUGGACAAGUCCCUGGACAAAGGGCGCACCUGGCAGCCCUACCAGUUCUACGCCGACGACUGCAUGGACGCCUUCGACAUGCCCGCCAAGCGGGUGCAGGACCUGUCGGCGACAAACGUGACUCGGGUCAUCUGUACCGAGCAGUACUCUCGCUGGGUGGGCUCCAAGAACGAGAAGGUGCUGCGCUUCGAGGUGAUGGCGCGCUUUGCUAUCUUCGCAGGGCCCAAGCUGCUCAAUAUGGACAGCCUGUACACACGCAUGGAGAGUAUGAAGGGCCUGAGGGACUUCUUCACCUUCACCAACCUGAGACUGAGGCUGCUGAAGCCGGCCCUGGGGGGAACCUACGUCCAGAGAGACAACCUCCUCAAAUACUUCUACGCCAUCUCCAACAUAGAUGUACCAGCCAGGUGUAAGUGUAACCUCCAUGCUGGCCAGUGUACCUUUCGGGAGGGCAGCCUGCAGUGUGACUGUGAGCACAAUACUACGGGCCAGGACUGCACUCGCUGUGAGAGGGGCUUCAAAGCCAAGUCAUGGAAACCUGGAUCCUACUUACCCACCCCCAACGGAUCCCCCAAUAUCUGUGAGGCUGCUGGGACUCUUGGCAUGUUGCUUGUGGCAACUGACCAAACCUCCACUAUACCAGCCACUGUGCCAGUCUCUGCCAGUCCCGACCAGACAGAUAGCCCAUCCUUAAACACAGUGACCUCGCCACCCCUGGAGGUAACACCCCCCACAACCACAGUGAAAGCGCAGCCGAAAGUUACUCAAUCAUCUGAAGCAGCUGACAUCACAUUUGAUGCAACCAUACCAACAUCAGAUGGAUUUACUCAAACACUAGACAGCACAAUGACAACUUCUUACACAGUGACCUCUGACACCAGUCCCACAGCAUCUGACACCAGUACCACAGCAUCUGACACCAGUACUACAACAUUUUACACAGUGACUCCAACAUCUGACAUAUUUACCACAACUUCUGGCACCGUUACCUCAGCAUCUGAUGUAUUCACUUCGACAUCUGGUGUGCCCUUUCUGGCAUCGGACACAGUUACUCCAGCAUCUGAUAUAGUAACACCACUAAUAAAUGGAUUUACCUCAGCACCUGAUGCUGAUACCUCAGUAUCUGCUACAUUUAUUCCAGCAUCUAAUGGAGAUACACUCGCCUCUGACGUGGCUACUUCAGCAUCUGAUGGACUUAUCUCAACACCUGAUGGAGCUAUUUCAAUACCAGGAGCAGUUCCUCCACCUCCCGACACAGUUACUUCAGCAGCUGAACCUCUUUCCCGGGCACUGGGUGGAGCUACCACCCAAGUACCAGACAAAUCUACACCUGAUGCUGCUACACUAACUCCUGAUACAGUUACGCCUGAUGCAGCUGUUCAAUCCCCUGACACAGAUACCUUAACAUCUGAUGAUCCUAUCCAGGCACCUGAUGUAGUUACUACAGCUCCAGACUCAUCUUCGGCAACCCCAUCUCCUGACACAAGUGAUCAAGCUCCUGACUCAGUUGAUCCAGCUCCUGACUCAGGUGAUCCAGCUCCCAAUUCAGGUGAUCCAGCUCCCGAUUCAGGUGAUCCAGCUCCCGAUUCAGGUGAUCCAGCUCCCGAUUCAGGUGAUCCAGCUCCCGACUCAGGUGAUCCAGCUCCCGAUUCAGGUGAUCCAGCUCCCGACUCAGGUGAUCCAGCUCCCGAUUCAGGUGAUCCAGCUCCCGACACAGGUGAUCCAGCUCCCGACUCAGGUGAUCCAGCUCCCGAUUCAGGUGAUCCAGCUCCCGAUACCGGGGAUAGUGAGAAAGGGGAAAAUAAAGAAGAAAAUGUUAAACAGGAAACAGUUACCCCCAAAACUGAAGCCAAAUGGGAAAGCAAAGGGAAGGUGAAAAAAAAAGAGACAAAAAAAGCGGUUGUCAAACUGUUGAUUCCUGGUGGGUCCAAAUACAGCCAGUCUAAGGUUGCAUACGUCCAGUUUCAAGACUGUGAGUGCUAUGGCCACUCGAACCGCUGCAGUUAUAUUGACUUUAUCAACAUCGUGACUUGUGUCAGCUGCAAACACAACACUAGGGGGCAGAACUGUCAGCACUGUCGACUGGGAUACUUCCGGAAUAUCUCUGCCGAGCUGGACGAUGACAACGUUUGUAUAGAGUGUAACUGUAACCAGCUGGGGUCCUUCCACGCCCGCUGCAACGAGACAGGGUACUGCCAGUGUAGGGAUGGCUCCACUGGGCCGAAGUGCGAGGACUGCCUGCCUGGAUACAGCUGGAGACAAGGCUGCUCCCCCAACGUCUGCGACGACGAUAUGCUGCUGUGCCAGAAUGGAGGCACCUGCUUCCAGAACCAGAAGUGUCUGUGUCUGCCAGAGUACAAGGGCCUGCUGUGUGAGCAGCUGCUCUGUGAGGGAGAGAGGGGCUGCAGCGGUGCCUCUGCCUCCUACCUCAGCCUGGUUGCCAUGCUGAGUUGCCUUCUAGCCAACGCCCUGCUUAGACUAGUCACUGCUUGCUGAGCUACACCCGGGACAGCUGGAGUACACCUGGCUACAUUUUUGGGACCUGCCAUUCGCAGUACUUAGCUCAGUCUAACUGUGCUGUUGCAUUCUGGGAGAAUGUUUGAGGGCUCCAGCCCCCCGGUCACCUUCGCCACGAUGAGACAGAGAGUUCCUCUCUCUAUGAAAGCCAGUGCUGAAAGAACUUAUACCAAAAAACUAAAUCACUAUCUUAGAAAAGUUUAGAGCGAAUUGUAUUGUCGUACAUUUAAGUUUGUUCUCACUGAAAUACUGCACUUACCCAACUUGUUUUCUGAACAGAGAUGGCUGUAAUCACUGCUGAGGCCUACUAAUGCCAAGUUUAUCUUACUCUCAAAUUCACGUUUCCUUACUUUGCUGCAUAGUUUAUUUGUUUCCUGGAACAGUCAUUGAACUGAAAAGUGGAGAAAAAGUAGUACUUUUUUUUUUACCAGAGUUGAUGUUUCAGUAGCUUGUGGUGGAGAAUCAAUUGUCGCAUGGAAAUCAUGAAGCAAAGAGAGAGAGUAUAACCUAUCCAAAUCAAACAAAUCUAUGUAUGAAUAUUUUUUGGUAGAAAUUGUUAUUUUUGUUCCAAGUAAACGUUAUCAUUCUGAAGAAAAUGACCCAUGAUGAGCUUUUUAUUAUUGUAAACCUUCCUGAGAAUGUGACUGUUAGAUGAUGUUCCUGACACCAUUGCAUACAGACAGUUGAAGGAAUAAAGCCUGAAGGUCUGAAAGUUGAA